AUGCUGCGGAACGCUCACUCACACAAGACUCUCCACAAGCCCCGGGCGCAUAUAGCAGAGCAUAACCAUCAGCGACCCCAGGAUAUUGCUAACUGUGAUAACCAGGCACUCUGUGCCCACCAAGCCACGGAACGAAUGAUUGACAAGCUGGCUGAGCUUUCGAUGGCAGGAAAUCCAGUAUCUUCGGGGUUAGGAACUGCAUUGAUGCGACGUGGAGAGGAUGAGGAUGUCGAGGACUGUCGGUUGCUCGGUGCUGAAAACACUUGA